AUGGAUGCUGCAGAGUUCCGUGUUCGUGGGAAAGAAAUAGAAGACAUGGUGGCUGAUUAUUUAGAGAACGUGCAGAAUCGUCCAGUAUAUCCUGCAGUACAGCCCGGUUAUAUGCACCAGCUCCUUCCGGAAACUGCUCCAGAAACUGCUGAGUCAUGGGAGGACGUUAUUGGUGACAUAGAGCGGGUAAUUAUGCCUGGGACAGCGCACUGGAAUCACUCGCAGUUCCAUGGCUAUUUCCCUUCAGCCAGGUCCUACGCUGCCAUCUGUGCCGACAUUCUCUCCGAUGCUAUGGGUGGUCUUGGAUUUACCUGGGCGACCAAGACUGUGAAGUCCUGGUCAUGUACUUCAUAUGUAAUCCAGAGUAGACACUACUCCAAUGGAGAAGCACAAGAUCUGGUCGUGAUUGGUUCUGGACCAGGAGGCUAUGUAGCUGCUAUCAAGGCAGCUCAGUUGGGCCUGAAGACCACCUGUGUUGAGAAAGACCCAACUCUUGGAGGGACUUGUCUAAAUGUGGGCUGCAUCCCUUCCAAAUCUCUCCUGAACAAUUCUCACCUGUACCACAUGGCUCACUCCAGAUCGCAUUUCAGAGUAUCAGCCAUAACACCGACAGGAUGA